GAUUUUUGAAGUGUCAGACUAUUACCCUUUAUCCUGUACUGAUUCAAUUCCCAUUUCAAUGAAAAGAAGCAUUUGAGAAAGGUAAAGAUAGAGGUCUGAGAGUUACUUCUAACGUCAACAUUUAUGGGCUCUGAACCUGAAUAUACCUGUAUGGAUGUCAACUUCUAUUCUCUCCUCUGUAGACAUGCCAGGGUUAGCUCAUUGCCAACUUGUCAGUUAGCAGAUGAAGAACUGUCAUUUUACAAGAAUGAUAGAACUGCUCCACCCCACACUACGGUUGGGAAAGGGCUAAAAUCCUCAUUGGAGAGGCAUAGGGUAUUGCAGAGAGUUAUGCUUGUAUUGGCUUUACUUGGAGCUUGUAUGGUCAUUAGUGAUGGUAUUCUUUCACCUGCCAUAUCUGGUGUGGGCUACAAGUCAAGAGUAGUUGUUCUCUGUUGAAUUUAAUUCCUUGAAAUUGCCAAAUAUAGGGGUUCCAGUUGCUUGUACCAUUCUGAUAGCCUUGUAUUCUCUUCAACACUAUGGAACACACAUGGUUGGGUUUCUGUUUGCACCUGUGUCAUAACAUGGCUUCUCUGUAUAAGCUGAAUUGGUCUAUAUAAUAUCAUUCAUUAGAACCCUCAAGUGUAUAAAGCAUUGUCACCACAUUAUAUGUACAAAUUCGUGAAGAAAACUCGAAGGGGAGGCUGGAUGUCCUUGGGUGGAAUUCUCUUAUUGCAUCACAGAUUUACAAAAGCAUUGUAAGUGAAUUGCUGAAGUUCGGGAUAAAUGGGUGAUAUGUGUUGGUGAUAAAUUUUUGUACUCUAUACAACCCAUAAAUAUUGUAUUGUAAGAUUAUAAGUCUUGGUGUAUUGGCUAUUUGCCAUGUUUUUGACUUUUUGUAAUUUACCUCUGGAUAUGAUUGAUUGUAU